UCAAUAAAUUGAAAUCGUAGAAUUUAAUGCAUAUGGAACAUUUUGUUAAUGUAGAUAACUGCGAGGCAUACAUUUUGUAUUUGUGUCACUUGUAAUUAAAUACUGACUCCACCAAUAGUACUUGAUAGAUUAUAUGUUGUCUCUGUAUUUAAGGUGGUUUUCGUGCUUGCAUUUCUAGGGGGGGGGGUUGUAUUGAGUGAUUAGCCUUUUGUUUUUAUGCUCUACAUAAUUAGUACCUUUGUAGCCUCUGGUCUCACCUGACACUAAUAAGCGGCGCCGCAGACUCCGGCCCGGUUGGCUGUCACUGCGCCGGGCUUUCGGCUGCGCUCAGAGGGAGGAGACAGCCAGACUUACGGCGUGACCCGACCAGCAUCUCAAUGCUUGCUUUAAAUUCAGUGUAAUGCUGGAAACAGGGUGGAACGGGAGCGACACGAGGGCAGCAUCGGCGACAAGCAUCGGCUUCUGUCAAUAUUUUUUUAUCAUACGUAUAAAUGUGUAUUUUCCCCAAUGGAAGCUGCCAUAUUGAACCAUCAAAUUAUGGCGGACGUGAAUUGCAACAAUAACGCCGUAAGCGCUGAGUUGGAAGUGAAGAAGCUGCAGGAACUGGUGCGGAAGCUGGAGAGACAAAACGAGCAGCUGCGGACUCGGGCGAGCGCCGUGAGCAGCCCGCAUCUCCUGCAGCCCACAGCUUCCUGUCUGCACGGCAGCGGCAGCCCCGAUUUACCGGGCGCUUUCUGCAUGCCAAGCCCGGUAUCGAGCCUCCUGCGCUCCGCAGCACCGGCACCUUUCCGCGCCCCGGAGGAGGCGUACGCCUGUUUUCAGCCGCACUCCGCCCAUGAAGGUGUCUGCGGCGGACUCUCGCUCCUGGAUGAGCUCGAUCUGUUAGACCUUCAAUCUAUAUUCUCCUGUGAUGGGGACUCUGACGAUACAUGGCUCUAUGUACCUCCAAAGGCCCGGCUUUGGACUGAGAGUUCCCUCAGCCCGUUCCGGUGGUGCCGGCAGGUUUUGGACGACCCUGGACCUGAGGUGGAGGCUGCCAAACGCUCCCUAUGUCAUAGGCUGGAGCAAGGUACGCAGUGCCGUCAGCUCACGCUUGCGUCAGGAAACGUCUCUGCCCUCCUGCGCCAUACCUCCCUGACACGCCUGCCUCGUCUCCCCACACACACCUAGAAACUCCGGCGCUUUGCACAAACACCUGCCGCGUAUCACCACUCCCUUUUCCCUUGAUCCAGUUUGUUGUGAAAUCGAUUUCGACGCCUCGCCGGAUCCCGGCGCGUUUUAAGGGACCUUUUCCUUAUUAUGUAAAACAAGCCUUUUGCAUUCUUUCAGACGCUACCGAUUACAUGCAUAGUCUGAUCAGUCUCACACCUCCGCGUUAACCCAGAGCCAGUAAACGAGGUGAGAUCACACGCCUGGUGUUUUCAUAUCAAGGUAUUUAAGCUUCGGCGAAGCAUUGCACCGGCAGGGAUUCGGCUGUGAAGUGGCAUUUGCGGGCAAAAUGAAUGGCUAGCGUUCGUUUUGCUAUGGUAAACCGAGAGGACGUUCUGCUGAGCAAGGAGACUGUAAUUGUGGUGCGGUAAAGCCCAAAGUAGAGGGGGCCGUAGAGGAUUACUGUAAAAGCCGCCCAACGUACUCGGGACUCUGCCGGAAAGCUGCACAAAACAAACAGGCACAGUUCGUCCUCUGGCCUGUUCUCGGCGUAAUACCCUCCUGGGUCGCGUGUGCCCUUGUUCUAAUCUACACUUUGACCCCUGUGCUCAGUUUUAGCAUUAAGACACAGAUGCACGCAAAUUUGUGCUGAGAUCUUAACCUUACAAGGAUGCACUUAGAGUACGGAGAGAGUAGGUUAAGUAUUUAUAUCUGUCUGGACUGUGCAGCCUGGAUCUGGGUAGUGAUGAUGCACUGACCUGCGUUCAUCUAGCAAGGCUAAGCAGUAAACCAGGCCAGGACCUGCAUUAAGGUUUAGUUUAAGGAUUUGCUGAUAGCCUCUGUUCCCUCCGGGGAGACUUAUGAGUGCGGAGUUCUGCUGGUGUUUCUGAGACGCAUCUGAGUGGCACGUUGUGUGCAAUGUGUGAUUGCAUUGGCCUGAAGUAGGACUAGGAGAUAUUUCAAGCGAUAUACUGGCUUAUCAUAUAAAAUUUAAGCUAUAAGAAAAUGAGAAACUUCAAUAAGUGAUAGAACAUACAGAAUGCAACUUGCAGUCACAGACGGCAACAGUGUUAAACCGCACCUGAAACGAGACAUGUUGGCAUUUUGUAGCCGUACACUACUCUUAAGCAGAAAUGUCUAUUUUUGUAAGAUUUAUUUCUCAAAAUUAAGUUUUCAGAUGUAGAUUAUUCAAUUUCUCAUGAAUUUGCUCCAAGGGAAUCGUAAGGGAUUUUUAAACCAAAAUGAAGCCUUGAAAUAAAGAAAUAAUAUUCUGAUAAUUAUCAAUAUUGAUUGAAACAAAAUGCCAUUUUAAAAUAUUUGAAUCUUCCAGCCCUAUUCAUGAACUAUUUUAACCAACCAUGCUAGAGUUUCACCAAUACAUGGUGAUGGGGUCAUAGGUUAGUAGGACAGCAAAGCUGUAAUCCGAUGAUGGGCUGUUAAAUCGCUUUGCUCUGUAACACCUGUGCUUUGCUGGGCUUCUGAUUGGUUGUAGUUUUAUCCCCAUAUUAGCGUUUGUGGACAGAGACAAAUUACAGCAAUUGGCUCAUUUUUAUCAUAGCAUUUACCCUCCACAAUCUCACUGUAGAAGCAGAUUAUAACCGUUUCUGCUGCUGAUUCAGCACAAUGUUACACAAUUCGAAAUAAGUUUUAUAAAUCCAUUUAAUAUGUUCUUCAAGUCUGAAAUUUCAGUCAUAUGUCUGUCUUUGGCCUCUGCAUACAUCAUGUAAACGGCUUAAAUAUACUUGUUGACUUAUGAACAUGAACAUGAAUGUGAAAUUUCAAGCUUGACUUGCGGGAUUGGUUAUGCCUCAGAUGUGUACAUGAGUACAGACCUUGUAUUUGCUCUGAAGGGACUUAAUAGUGUCUGAACUUCAGGGUGGGUAAUAAAUUCGGCCCUGUGUUUAAACGUCAGGAGGCCGUGGUUUCUGUGACAGGCUGUAAACACUUGCUUUGUGCAGCAGCGCUGAGGCUAAUCGUUUGAGGUAGGUCAGAGGCUUCCUCUGACGGCUCAGAAUAACCUUUUUGUUCCGGAAGGUGGCUGAAUCAAAACAACCCUUUGCACAUUUGCAGUAGAAGAUCACAGCAGAACAGGGGGUGUUCAGUGUGGGAACAAUUGUAGUGCCAAAGACUGAAGGGCAGCACCGAGUUUUUUUUUUUAUUGUUUCUGGGCUGUUCCUUCCUCUCUGGCUCUGAAUAUGCGCUAUCCCAGCAUGCCAUGGGGCUGGAAAUCAGGACAGCGUGGCAUUUUG